GGGAAAAAAAAAGAAAAAGAAAAGCUUGUUGUUGGAAGGGUGAGAUUUACAACUGUAAGUCACGUUUUAGAUUAUUGUUGACGGUCCACAACCUUAUCGUAUGAAUUGUGAAAAGAUAAAAACCGGAACAAAACUGUCAAUUAUUAUAAUUGGGAGGGUUUUUUUUUUUUAAAAAAAAAAAGUUUGUUUCUGGUCGUUAAUUAGUAGUGAGUGCAUUGGAUCCUUCGCCAAAGUGUAAGAGAAGCUCCAAAAUCCUAAAAGCCUUCACACACUCUUCUAUUCCUGUCCUACUAGUCAUCUACUCCUUCCCUUAUUAUUAUUCUCGCGGAUUCCUCUUCCUUUUCCCUGCUUUCUAAGUAAUAUCCAAAAAUUCCAGAAUGAAAAAAAACGUCGACUUCUAGUUAUUAACCUAUAUACAGUACAUCAUCCUCCUCGAAGCUCUCAAAAUAAAAAAAAAAAGAGAAAAAAGAAAAACCAAAAUAUAAAAGAGAAAAAAGAUCGAUGCUGAGUGGAUCAUAACGUUCCGGUCGACUCAAUGUACGUCCGUUACUAGUUUUCACCGCGACCAAAACAACAACUCCUCCAACGUUAAUUUCCUACCUGGCUUUUUUGGCUUCUCCAAAUUUUUCAAAAUCGAUCCCUUCCUCCUCCUUUUCAAAAUUUUUCUUCUGAAUAUUAUAUAAAUCCAUUGGUCUAUUUUUCCUAUCUCUACCUAUAUUUUUCCCAAUUAUUAUUAGUUUUUUUUUUGAGACCGGGCAAACUGCGGCCAUGGAAGAUCAAGUAAAAGGAGAUCAAGAGGGAGAAGAACAGUCAACGAAAUCCAUGAUCAGUGCUGCUGAAUCGUCAAAUAUUCCAGAUGGGAUUCAAGAGAAAGAAUCAAAGCAGGAUCAGGACGUUCAAAAAAUCGGAGAGGACAAAAACGAAGAAGUCGUCGAUGAUGUCGGCGCCGGUGAUGUUGAUGAUGACGGUGAAGUUUCGUCAACGACAGGAUCAAAAAGACGUAGGCCCUUGGGCCAACUUGAGGCCGGAGGAGAAGAAGACGUCGGCGGUGAUGAUGAUGAUGGUUUCAAAACUCCGACAGGUCCGGAACACAGAAUCCCGGUGAUCACUGAAUGCCCACCGGCUCCCAAGAAAACCCGACGGGACGACUCGCCCGCAAAGCGCCCACAAUUACAGUCCUUUUUUUACCCGCCGGUUGCAGAAAUAUAAAAAAAGAUAUACAUCCAGACCGCAGAAAUUUGCCGGAUUCAGGUUAAAGAUUGAGCACCAAACUUACUGAUCAACUCAAAAGGUUUUUCUUUUUAUUUUUUAAGACAGGAGCAAAGGAGUGAAUGUGAAGUUACUGCUAGUUAGCUUUUUUUUUUUUUUUCUUUUAAUCCUUCUUUUCUACAUAUAAUUUAUUCCUUAGAUUCAAGCUGUUCACUUUCCGGCAGUUUAUAUCAAGAUAUAGAGAGGGGGUGUUUGGGUGUACCAUUCUUUUUAGUAAACUGAAUUUGUAAAAGCUAAAGCAGCUUCAAAAAGAUUAGAACUAGUCGAUUAGUUUAGUGGUAGAUUUUCCAACCUUUUUGCAAUCCAGGUUCUAUGUCCUGCUCUUUAAAAGAUUGGGAAUAUAUUCCAAAAUUCAGUUUUUUUUUUUUUUU